CUAUUUUACUUUGAAUUUUAUUCCAUAACUAUUAAAUUUCCUGACUCAACAUUAAAAGAGAAUAGAAAGUCAAGCCGAUACUAGUCAUGUCGAAGCCCACAAGCCUGAAGGAUGCCCUAGCCAAGUGGGAGGAUCGCAAUAAACAGCCGGCCAGCACCGCCACAGAUAUUGGUCUCCAGUUCCAGUAUCCACCGAUCGAGAAAAUGGAUCCGAUUCUCAACAGUCUGACCGAGUGCCAAAAGCUCAGUUUGUCGUCAAACAUGAUUGAGAAAAUUAGCGGAAUUUCAGGAAUGAAGAAUCUGCGGGUCCUCAGCCUGGCCCGCAACAAUCUAAAGGCUCUCAAUGGCAUCGAACCGUUGGCUGAAACUCUGGAGGAACUGUGGGUCAGCUACAACAACAUCGAGAAGAUCAAACCCAUCGAAUCGAUGAAGGCCCUGCGAGUCUUCUAUAUAUCCAAUAACGUUAUCAAGGACUGGGUGGAGUUUAUGCGCAUGGCCAUUCCACCGAACCUCAUCGAAAUCACAUUCACUGGCAAUAUCCUGAGCGAAAAUAUGGAACCGGCUGCUUUUACCGCCGAGGCAGUGCGUCGUCUACCAAAUCUGAAGAAGCUCGACGGGGAACAAGUCAUUCGUUAAAAGGAAAACACUACGCACUGCAAUGUUGUUAUGUUCAAAAUAAAGGGGAGGCAAAAGUCGAGCAGAACCUUUGACACUAGU